AAUACUUACAUCAACUCUACGCCAUUUUUUAGUUUUGUUUGGCUUUCUUUUCAGCUUUCCUUUCUUUGUUUCUUUCCUUGGUGACUCUUCAUUUAUCUUUCUUCAACCUAACUAAUUUCCUUCUUUACUUCCCUAUUAAGGAAAAAAGAAAAGAAAACAAAGAAGAAAAUGAGUUUCCAGGAUCUUGAAGCUGGUUUCGUUAGGCCACAGCCACAGCAAAACAACUACUUGAAUUCUUCACAGCAAAAGCUUAAGCAAGAAAAGGUAGAGGUUUCGGCUUCCGCUUCGCAGUCGGUGGCGGCUGGGAUAUUCAAAAUCAGAACUGCUAUUUUGGGUUUUGAUCGUCUUGUUAAUUCCCUUGGUACCCCUAAAGAUACCUUGGGAUUACGCGACAAGUUGCAUAAGACAAGGCUACAUAUAGGGCAGCUGGUCAAAGAGACUUCAGCUAAACUAAGGGAAGCAAGUGAAGAUGAUCAGGAUGCAGAAGUUAGUCCCUUAAAGAAGAUUGCUGAUGCUAAGCUUGCGAAAGAUUUUCAGUCAGCUCUCAAAGACUUUCAGAAGGCUCAAAGGCUUGCGGCUGAGAGGGAAACAGCAUAUGCUCCUUUUGUUCCCAAAGAAGUUCUUCCUUCCAGUUAUGCUGCCCAUGAGGUGGAAAUAAAUUCAUCUAAGAGUCCAGAAUUGCAAACUCUUCUGAUAUCAAAAAGAGUUGUCAAAUUAUCCUCUGUUAACAGACAAGAAGUUGUACUGUUGGACAAUGAAAUCACAUUCAAUGAAGCCAUUAUUGAAGAAAGAGAUCAGGGGAUCAAAGAAAUUCAGCAACAGAUUGGUGAGGUGAAUGAAAUUUUCAAAGAUCUAGCAGUUUUGGUCCGUGAGCAAGGAGCCAUGAUUGAUGACAUUGGUUCGAACAUUGAGAAUUCCCAUGCUGCAACUGUGCAAGCUACUUCACAUCUUAAAAAGGCAUCCAAGAUCCAGAGAGCUAAUUCAUCUACAAGGUGUUUGCUGUUGUUAAUCUUUGGGAUCAUUCUCCUGAUUUUCAUCAUAGUUGUGGUGGCUUAAGCAACAGAUCAGAUAUGGUGUCUUGAGCUUAAAAUUCUCUGCAGCAAUGUAACCAACUGUUUCAGGCGGUAUACGAUCUAAAUUACACAGAUGGCCAUGUAACGUAUACUACUAUUUUUUUAUGCUGUAGGUAAGAUCCUCCCUGGAGACUCUGCUUUACAGCA